UAGAGAGAGAUAUUGAGCCAUAGGCUGCUGCUGUUGCAGUUGCAUAAGCUUCUAGAGAGAGAGAGAGAGGAUAUGGGGCACCAUUCUUGCUGUAACAAACAGAAAGUGAAGAGAGGCCUGUGGUCUCCUGAGGAAGAUGAGAAGCUUGUCAAUUACAUUUCCACUUAUGGCCAUGGCUGUUGGAGCUCUGUCCCCAAGCUCGCGGGCCUGCAGCGAUGCGGCAAAAGUUGCAGACUGAGAUGGAUAAAUUAUCUGAGACCCGACCUCAAACGAGGGAGUUUCUCUCACCAAGAAGCUGCCCUAAUUGUUCAACUCCAUAGUAUUCUUGGUAACAGAUGGGCUCAGAUAGCAAAGCAACUACCGGGACGAACGGAUAAUGAGGUGAAGAAUUUUUGGAAUUCAAACAUAAAAAAGAAGCUCAUUUCUCCUGAGGUUUCAGCCUUGGCAACACUUUCUGGUCAUCUCCAAAACCCUAAUUCUCCCAAUAAUGAGGGCUUCUUCAUUCUCAAUGCAAACCCUAAUUUGAUUCUUGCAACUUCUGGCCACCAGGACCAGCCAUGUCUUUCAAAUUCAACUACUCCACCUUCUUUGCUUCAAGGGUUUGAUCUCAUUGAUUAUAAACUUGACCAAUUUACCAAUAAUCUCAAUCCAAAUGGGAGUUUUCUUCAUUUGCUACCUUCCGUUUCUCCCCCAUCAAACUUCUUCCCCCAUGACCCCACAAUGUGGCCCCCGUCCGCCGGAUAUCAACCCGUCACGGGCGGGGAGUUUGUCGUUCCGAGCACCGUGUUACCGCAAUACAUCGACGGUUCGUUUCUGCACCCCACAACGAUGCCAAAAUUAUGCGAGGUUGGUGACGAAAAUCUUUGCUUAGUUCAACAAACCUCUGCUCCUUUAAACCAGGUUGAUCCAACAACAGCCAAACUAUCAACCUUUGCAAUUGGCUACUCUCCACAAGAUCAAUGCUUGGCAGCCAACCAAAUGGCAAUGGAGCAAAUCGACGCAAUCAUGUCGUCGAUCUUGCAGAACCAGUCGUGCUCGUCGUUGUCGUUGGGGUCAUCGGGAUUAUCGAGCGGUCAGCUUGCGACACACCCCGAUCUUGUUUCGUUGAGCUGGGGAGCAUAGGGUUUAUAUAGUAGGUAUGUAGUAUAUGUAUGAGUCUGACUAAAUAAUAAUUUGAAAGAGUGCAAUUGUUUUGAGUGCUACAUAUAUAUAUAUAUAUGGUUUGAGAAGGUAAGAGCUAGUCCAUAAGAAAAAACCUAAA